GGUGUAUACGUUAGUUGGAGGUGUCCUAACCAGAAAUGGGACUGCCAGAGAGUAGCUUCCUUCUCCAAAUGUUUCUGUGGCCACAGCCUGCAACAACAUGACUCAGGUUCCCGAACAUUAUGCAAAUACCCAAAUUGUUCUUGCAAGCAUUUUGCCUGGGUACCAUCAAACCCUGAAGAAGUCGGCGAGUUUUGGUUGAGAAGGCGAAAAGAUUUCAAAGAAAACCAAUGGCGGGCCAAAUGCAAAUGCAAGCAUUCUCACGAAGAACAUGACGCUAAUGGCAACCAUAAAUGUACAAAGUGUAGCUGUCCAUGUUUUCAGUCAAAUUUUCUUUGUGCCGCCUGCGAUCGAAGAUGGGAAGAGCACGAAACUUUUUUCGAGAACGUUUCUGAAAGGAGAGAGAAUGGAUUGGCAACAGGUAUCUAUUUCCUUCCAUUCAGUGAGAUACCCUCCCUUAGAAAUAUGGUGUUAACAGGAAAAGAUGAUGGCGACGUCUCGUACAUCAAACUACAAAGCAAGCUGAACGCUUUGACCGCUACUGCAGCUGAUUCCAAGAAAGUGAACGCUGCCACUAAGAAUACAUCCUUGUCGACGACGAUGAUGACGAGUUGA